UGUAUCCAAUAUAUUUAUGUCACUUUCCUUCUGUAUAUUAAUAUUAUCUCAAAACUAUAUUCGACAGUUUCUAACUUAUUAUCAUUAGAUGUAAAUCAAAAGUAUUACCAAUCCAAAACCCAAAAUGAGUUCCAUAAAAAGUGAAACUCCUACUAGAGAAGCUGAACUAAGAGCAUUUGAUGAAUCAAAAUUAGGAGUAAAAGGGCUUGUAGAUGCAGGUGUUUCAACCCUUCCUUCAAUCUUCAUCCACCCAGAUUCUCCCCAUUUUCAUCCUCCCAUAAUCACUAAUCAUGCUACCUUUCAUAUUCCUGUGAUUGAUCUUUGUGAAGUUAGUGGGAAUAAGAGAAAUCUGAUUUCGAAGAUUCGAGAAGCAUCAGAAACAUGGGGAUUCUUUCAAGUUGUAAACCAUGGGAUUCCACACCUUGUUUUGGAAGAUAUGUUGAAAGGAGUAAGAGGGUUUUUUGAGCAAGAUGAUCGACUUAAAAAAGAGUAUUAUUCAAGAGAUUAUGCAAAUAGAAAAUUGACUUAUAAUAGUAAUGUUGAUUUAUAUUCUGGACCUGCUGCUAAUUGGAGAGACACUUUUGGUGUUAUGAUGGCUCCUAAUCCUCCACAACCUCAUGAAUUACCUCCCCUUUGCAGGGAGAUAUUAAUGGAGUAUUCAAGACAAAUGAUGAAGUUAGGAAAAUUGUUAUUUGAGCUAUUAUCAGAGUCACUUGGGUUGGAAGCAGACUACUUAAAUGAAAUAGGGUGUAGUGAAGGGCUAAAUGUAACAGGACAUUACUAUCCAGCUUGUCCACAACCAGAAUUAACAUUGGGAACCUCAAAGCAUGCUGAUAAUGUCUUCUUAACAAUGUUGUUGCAAGAUCAAAUUGGUGGUUUACAAGUUCUUCAUCAACAUCAUUGGAUUGAUGUUCCUCCUACUUGUGGAGCCUUAGUUGUUAACAUUGGUGACCUUUUGCAGCUGAUAACAAAUGACAGAUUCAAAAGUGUGGAACACAGAGUACUUGCAAAUAGUAGAGGUCCAAGAAUAUCAGUGGCAACCUUUUUCACCACAUUUUUCAUGGAAAUAUCUAGAAAGUACGGACCCAUCAAAGAGUUACUGUCAGAUUCAAAUCCACCAAAGUAUCGUGAGACUACAGUGAAAGAGUAUUCUGCCUACUCAAUAGACAAAGGACUUGAUGGCACCUCUGCCCUCCCAUAUUUCAGGCUUUGAUUUUUAUUAUAAUUACCAUCGAUCAACAAUUUCAAUUUACUUCUUAAUUUCUUAGCUAUUUUACGGAUCAUACUAAAACUAUUGCAUUUUUUUUAUUAUUAUUAGAGAAUGUCAAGUAAACUAUGCACAGUAUGUUGCUAUUUACAUGUUGGAUUUAACUAUCCAACUGCAUUCUGGUGCCAAGACUUUUCAUUUCAAGCUUACACAAUACAUUAAGUAUACUAAUGAAAAGUACAAGAGAGUAGAAUAAACUUUUUCUAAUUGAUACAUUGAA